AUGGCUGGAGGUGGCGAUGAAGAUGACAUCGAGUCAUUUGAUAUAAGCGAUAACCAGAGCGUGCAGCGGGCAUCGCUGGAUGAUGAGGAUUUCCUCGGUUCGCAGGUCCGCAAUGGCCCCGACAAUGCCGGCGGCGUGUGGAGAAAGUUGAAGAUUUGGUGGUAUAGGAGGAGUUUGAGGCUACCGAAUACGGGGAGCUUCAAGUGGCAGGAGAGAAGCAUACCACUGUAUGAUAUGGAUCGCACUGGCAUCGCGGUCGGCGGAACUGAGGAAGAAGGCGCCACCGAUAUGGGAAGAGCCAGCUGGUCGAAGCGUGUACCGUGGAGACGUGUGGUGUCGAUUAUUCUGGCUUUGAGUCUCGUGGGAAUUGCAGCUUCGUUGUUGGUAAGCAUCGCAAAGACAAAAAGUGGCCAGGGGCUGCUUAGUCACAGAUUCGAUCCCUACAUCAAAUAUAACAACGGGACGCACGAUUUCUAUCCGCUCACUGUUAUGGUGUCCUUGGACGGGUUCCACCCAUCAUUAAUCUCGAAAAAGUUCACUCCUUUCUUAUACGGGCUAUACACAUUGUCAUACGCCGAGAAUAUUACCGCGGCGCCUUAUAUGUUGCCUUGUUUCCCGACGCAAACUUUCCCUAAUCAUUGGAGCAUUGUCACUGGUAAGUACCCGAGAGAUCAUCGCAUUGUUUCGAAUUUUUUCUACGACUCCACAGUAGACAAGGAGUUUUCACCGGGGAAUGUUGAUCCGUUGUUAUGGGCGAAUUCAAGCGAGCCAAUCUGGCAGGUGCUCCAAACUGCAUUCUCUCAUGGUGGGGACGAUGUGGAUUGGCCAUUUAAGGUCGCAACUCAUAUGUGGCCAGGAAGUGACGUAAAUUUCAGUUCAGUUCCCAGCGUACCCAAGGAGAGAAUGCCUUUUUAUUCUGAUGAGUUCGAUCUGGAUGAAUCAUUGGAUGACAAGCUUGGUAGUAUUGUUAAAUUCAUGGAUAUGGAUUCCUUAGAUUCCAGGCCACAAUUCAUAUUGAGUUAUGUGCCGCAAAUUGAUUCAUUUGGUCAUAAGCAUGGAUAUCCAAUAAACUCUCAACAAGAAUAUCAUCAGUUAUUUGCUAAAGAACUUGAAAAAGUUGAUAAUUUUGUCAAAAACUUAACAGAAUCGAUUGAGACUAGAAAUAUACAAAACUUUACCAACUUAAUCAUUGUUAGUGAUCACGGUAUGAGCAAUAUAGAGUUUCCCAAAAACGUACUAAUAUGGGAGGAUCUGAUAGAUGAUAAAUUCAAUACCAAGAGAUUACAAAAUGUUUACAAUGAAGGUCCAAUGUUGGCAAUCACCACAGUUGAAAGAGAUGACAUAAAUGAAUUGAAAAGAGUAGUACAGAACAGUCUCAAUGAAUUGGAGAUUGAAAUUGGUUCAAAAUUCAAAAUUUUCUUGAACGGUAAUUUUCCAGAUAGUUUUAACUUCGAUAAUUUGGACGAGCCAAGAAUUGCACCAAUAUGGAUUAUACCAGAACCAGGAUAUGCAAUAAUGACAAAGAAAAACUUUAAAAAUACCGGUAAAAGAAAAGAUAAAAAAGUUAUCGGUUCACAUGGAUAUAAUAACUCCGUGCCUGAAAUGAGAUCAGCAUUUAUUGGUAUGGGACCAUUUUUCACAAAAGGAUACGUUAAACCAUUUGAGAACAUUGAAAUUUUUGAUAUGAUUUUAGAUAUAUUUGGCGUCUCAAACAAUGAUAGAUUCGGCGAUAAUGAAGAUACGUUCUUUUACAAAAACUUUUUACGCAAUGAUACAAUAGAGACGAAUGUUGAAUACUUAAAGAAAAUUUAUGGCAGUGACAAUGCCUAUAACGAGCUAUGGGGUGAUGGUACGAUGAUGACAGAAACAAGUACAAGUACAAGUACAAGCACAACUGCAACAACUGGUGCAAGCAGUUCAGUUCGUGCAACGCAGACAAGCCCGAGCAGCUCGAGCAGUACAACAUCGAUGGGUCUCAGUACUGUGAUUAGUACAAACAGGAUAUCCAGUGCGAGCCUUACAAGCAGUGCGAGCCUUACAAGCAGUGCAAGCAGUGCAAGCGAAACAAAGGCGGGUAACUGGUUAGAAGAUAUUCUUGAAGACACAAAGGAUAUAAUUGAUGAAAUAAUUGAUGAUAUUGAAGAUAUAGUUAAAGGAGAUAAUAAUACAUAA